AUGUAUGCAAUUAAGGGGACCGAGACAGAGAAAAGCACCGUGGUGGAAGGCGGCGAAGUGCGCUUUAACGGCAAAGGGAAAAAAAUCCGGAAACCUCGGACGAUUUACUCCAGCUUGCAGCUCCAGGCUUUGAACCGGCGCUUCCAACAGACCCAGUACCUGGCUUUGCCGGAAAGAGCCGAGUUGGCCGCCUCCUUGGGCCUCACUCAGACUCAGGUCAAGAUCUGGUUCCAGAACAAGCGCUCCAAAUUCAAGAAGCUAAUGAAGCAAGGGGGAGCCGCCUUGGAAAGCAGCGCCCUGGCCAACGGGAGGUCGCUCUCGGCCAACUCUCCGCCCGGGCCGCCCGUCUGGAACACCAGCUCGUCGUCGGGUAAGAGCUCCACGGGAACCCCGGGCACCUACAUCCCCAGCUACACGUCUUGGUACCCUUCGGCCCACCAGGAGACUAUGCAGCAGCCUCAGCUGAUGUGA